GGCGACAAACUAUACGCUACGACGUUUUUCCAUUAUGAUUUAAUUACCGUGAUAAUCGUAUGACGGGAAAGACGUCCCCUAUUACUGCUAAAUUAUUACAUCAGUGAGAGAAACCACUUAGUAUCAAGAGGUUGAUAGGCGAUAACUUGCUAUCGAAAACAUUCGUUGCUGACGUAUUAAAUAACCGGCUGCCGGCUACAUUCAUGCACAUAACAAAUAUGUAGUACGGUUCAUUUUGCGAUACAGGACACUCGUGUUUGGUAAAUUUCGCUUUUAUCCCUCGUAUUUAAUCAUGCCUAAAGUAUACAAUUUUGGUGCCGGGCCGGCAAAAAUGCCAGAAGAAGUGUACGAGAUCAUACGGAACGAGUUCACGAAUUUUGAAGGCUCUGGAAUAAGUCUUUUAGAAACAAGUCACCGUUCCAGUACAUAUUUAAAACUCAAUAAAGAAGUUCAAGAUGUUGUAAGAAGAUUAUUAAAUGUACCACAAAAUUACAAGAUUCUAUUCUUGGCCGGUGGGGGACAAGGAGAGUUUGCGGCUGUUCCGCUGAACUUAAUUUCACGUACAGGAACUGCCGAUUAUGUUGUCACUGGUGCGUGGUCUGCUAAAGCUGCGAAAGAAGCUAAGAAAUAUGGAAAAGUGAACUUAGUUAUACCACCAACAGAUCGGUAUGUAGACGUUCCUGACCAAUCAAAAUGGAAUUUAGACCCAAAUGCGUCCUACGUUCAUAUUUGCACAAAUGAGACUAUACAUGGAAUUGAAUUUGAUUUUAUUCCGGAUACAAAAGGAGUGCCGCUGGUUGCUGAUAUGUCUUCAAAUUUUAUGUCGAAAAACGUUGAUGUUUCUAAGUUUGGUGUAAUAUAUGGUGGUGCACAGAAAAAUAUAGGAACAUCAGGUGUAGCUCUAGUAAUAAUUAGAGAAGAUCUUCUUAAUCAAGCUUUACCGAUAUGCCCGUCGAUUUUAGACUGGACGAUAAAUGCCAAAAAUGACUCCAUACUUAACACACCUCCUAUGUUUGCCAUCUACAUAAUGGGUAGAGUUCUGCAAUGGAUCGAGAGGCAAGGAGGUCUCGAUGUAAUGGCUGAUUUAGCAACAAAGAAAUCAUCGCUUAUAUAUAACAUUAUAGAGGAAUCCAAUGGUUUCUACUAUGCGCCAGUAGCUAAGAAUGUCAGGAGUAAGAUGAAUAUACCAUUCAGGAUUGGUUCCACUGAUGGCAAUGAUACUUUAGAAAAAGAGUUUUUGAAAGGUGCCGAGGCAUUAGGCUUGAUACAACUUAAAGGUCACAGAGAUGUCGGUGGUAUCCGUGCCUCAACUUAUAAUGCUGUUACUUUGGAAGAAGUAGAGACUUUGGCCAAUUAUAUGAAAGACUUUUACAAAAAACAUUCAAAGUAGAAUUUUUUUAUUAAGUUAGUUUAUAUUUCAAAAUUAUAUAAUUUUAUUUUUAAAAUGCAUUAUUAUUAAGUGUCAAUUAUUACGGCUGUGUAUAUUUGAUGAAAAUAAAAUAA